AUGGGGCGGCAUACAAGUACCGCGGCCACGCCCGCGCCCUGGUCCGGGGUGCUGGGGUCGUUCAAGUCGAGGCGUGCUUUCGGGAUUAGUCGAACUGGUCGAUCGUCAUCAACUCCAGAAGCUUCCGCUUCUUCGUCGCAGAGAACACAGCCGACUUUGUCGACCGCAACAACAAACAUUGCAACGACCUCCUUCCUCCUGGGCAACUUCCACUGUCCGACUUGCGCGCACGCGAUUCAGCAGGUUGUUCGCAACGCUUAUCCCUCAUCGCCAUCAUCGACUCAGGACCCUGUCACAACUAGCACCAGUGUUACUGCGGGUGUUACGCCAGGCACUGCUGUGGUCAGGUGGGUCUCCCCGAACCUCGUCACCUCCGUCGUGACGGUCGAGCACCUGGCUCAGGCCGGUGUGAUACCGACCCUGCGCAGGGCUCUGGAGGACGCGGGGUUCGACGUAGUCGCUGUUACCACGGACUCUCCGGAGGCCGAGGAGCUCCGACAAGACGCUGAGGACACCGAGAUCAAUAAUAUUGCCGAGACUCAACUUCAUCAACCAGCAUCGGCCUUCACCAACAUCAACGCUGGCGCAGUAGCGAGCAGCAUGGCAGUACUGACACGGUGGUUCGCUCCCUCCUCAUCACCUGGGGGAAGGAUGUCUCGUGACCAGAGAGCGCGGGUUCAUCUCGAGAACUGUGAGCAGUGCCGUGCGGCGGCCGCUACGUCGGCCACUACCAGUGGUACAGAGGAAGAUAAGACCGCCAUUGACGAGACCUUCUCCAGCGCCACGGCUCCUAGAGAUAGUGAGACCGACGCCAGCGGGGAAAGGACGUCGCCGAUCAACAGUUCGACCUCUCCUGUUCCAAUACAUGUCACUGUUCAACGCCAGCCUGAGGUUCAGCACUUACAACAGCAACAGUCAGCCCGGCCAAUAGAUAAAAAUGGCUUGUACAGAGCCUUUCUCGCCAUAGCAGGCAUGACUUGUGCCUCAUGUGCUCACGGAAUCACCAAUUCCUUGAAUUCUCUCCCCUGGGUCAGCAGCGCAACGGUCUCGCUACUGAGCCACAGCGCUGUGGUAGAUGUCACUGACAGGGAGAAAGCUGAACAGGAACUGGUUGAUGUAGUCGAGGGGUUGGGGUAUGAGUGUGCGUUGCUCGAACUCGAGCCUCUAAGUCAGCCAAGUGAGGGGCAGCGAGAGAAAGAAGGAAAUGAAGAAGCGAGGAAGGCGAAUGGAUGGGAGGUUGGGCUCGCAAUCGGGGGCAUGACUUGCGCAUCAUGCGUCAAGACUGUUGAGGAGGAAUUGAGGAAGAGAGAGGGGGUAAGAGAGGUCGUGGUUAGCCUGCUAACCAACAGCGCUAAGGUCAUUGUUGAGGACCGGGCGCUAGCGGAACAGCUGGUCCAGGUCGUCGAAGAGAUGGGAUACGACUGUACACUCGACAGCGUAACGCCCAUUAUUGAAGAUGUAUCUGAGUCUGCAAAAUCGACAUCUGACAACGAAGAGGAGAGUAUUCCCCCUCGCACAAUUGAAGUCCACAUCACUGGGCUUUACUGCACUCAGUGCCCUUCGCGCAUCAUCACAACUCUCGAACGGGGCUUCCCACGACACAAUCUACAGAUCAUCUCCCCUCCGACGCUCGCCUCGCCACUCUUGAAGCUCACUUAUACCCCUCAACCUCCCAAAUUCACAAUUAGAACUCUUCUGGCCGCGAUAGAAUCGACAUCGCCCAACUUCCGUGCCACCCUGCAUCACCCUCCAACCCUCGAAGAACGUUCCAAGCAACUUGCAAAACAACACCGCUGGCAGAUCCUCAUCCGCAUAAUCCUCACUGCGCUGAUUGCCGUUCCGACAUUCGUCAUUGGCAUCGUGUACAUGACGCUCUUACCCUCCCACAAGCGGCACACGGAUCCCUCUGUCGCGUGGCUUAUGUCGCCAUGGAAAAGUGGUCUCUCCAGGGCGCAGAUCAUCCUCUUUGCGCUGGCGACGCCGGUGUACUUUUUCGGCGCGGACUUGUUCCAUCGGCGGGCGGUUAAGGAAAUUCUAAGGUUGUGGAGGGGCCCCAGGCGACCGCCGUUGAAGGAGAGGUUUUUAAGGUUCGGGAGCAUGAACACGCUCAUGAGUUUGGGUACGACGGUCGCGUACGUGAGCAGUGUGGGGCAGAUGGUUGCUGCCGGGGUUGAAAAGCCAGAGAAGGUGGAUGAGGGAAACUUUUAUUUCGAUAGCGUCGUGUUUCUGACGCUGUUCUUGUUGCUGGGGAGGUGGAUCGAGAGUGUGAGCAAGGCAAGAACGGGCGAUGCGGUCGAGGGACUGGUCAAACUCAAACCGAGCACGGCCAUUCUUGUUGAAGGGUAUACCUCUUCGGAGUCAGACGGCGAGAAAUUCCCCUCGGUUGAGGAGGAUACCGUUGUGCAGGCAGACCUCCUCGAUCAAGGCGACGUGAUUCGCAUCCUCUCUGGCUCAUCGCCCCCGGCAGACGGUGUCAUCCUUCGUGGCACGACUGUCUUCGAUGAGUCCUCUCUGACCGGUGAGUCCCGUCCCGUCCCCAAACAGCCCGGCGACCCGGUCUACGCGGGCACAGUCAACGCCGGCUCAACCCCUAUCUUGGCACGAGUCACGGGUGCCGCGGGCAGGAGCAUGCUCGACCAAAUUGUGCGGGUUGUCAAAGAAGGCCAAACCCGUCGGGCACCAAUCGAGCAGAUUGCUGAUGUGCUCACGUCGUAUUUCGUGCCUGUGGUCACGGCACUCGCGGUGGUCACAUGGGUGGUCUGGCUUGUGCUGGGUUUGGCGGGCGCUAUACCUCGGGAUUGGCUCGCUAGCGGCCAUGACAUGGAUGUGGAUAUGAGCGGCAACAGCAUGAACAACCACAACAUGGCCAGUACUGUCAGAUCUUUUGGAUCGAAUGGGGGCAGAGGGGGUUGGGUCGCCUUCAGCCUGCAGUUCGCGAUCGCGGUUUUCGUCGUGGCCUGUCCUUGCGGGCUGGCGCUUGCCGCCCCAACGGCAAUUUUUGUUGGGAGUGGGCUUGCUGCCAGGUACGGCGUGCUCGCGAAGGGAGGAGGCGAGGCAUUCGAGAAGGCUAGUCGGGUUGGUGUCGUGGUAUUUGACAAGACGGGAACGCUGACGGUCGGCGGGGAGCCCAAAGUUACGGACUUUGAGGUGUUUGCUGAAGAUGAGGAGGAGAUCCUGGCGGCAUUGAGGGUUGUUGAGGAGAACAGUAGCCAUCCUGUUGCGAAGGCGAUUGUUGCCUUUUGCGCAGCGAAGACAUCCUCCCGCGCCAACAUCACCAGUCUGGAAGAGUUGCCUGGUCGCGGUAUAUGUGCAACUCUCUCAACGAACGUCGAGCUUGCCGUCGGCAACGAGUCCCUUCUCUCUUCCAUGUCCAUUCCUGUUCCUCAACAGAUCCUAAAUACCCUCGGACAAUGGCAAUCUGAAGCCAAGUCCACCGCUCUGGUUGCCAUCCGACGGGGUUCCGAUAGUCCUUGGACCGUCUCUGCUGCCCUCGCCAUCACAGACCCCAUCCGCCCCGAAGCUCCCCGCGUCCUUCACACCCUCCAACACACCCUUGGUCUGCGCGUCUGGAUGCUCUCCGGCGAUAACCCUCGCACAGCCCGAGCAGUUGCUUCGCGGCUGGGCAUCCCUCUCGACCAAGUCCUUGCUGGCGUCCUCCCAACCGGCAAGGCGGAUGCCAUCAAGCAGAUUCAAGCCAGCGUCCGGGCCCAGCGUUCACCGAGCAAGGUUUCUACCCGCGGGGCGAAGGGUAUGGUUGCCAUGGUUGGCGAUGGCAUCAACGACAGCCCGGCUCUCGCUACGGCCGACGUGGGUGUUGCCGUUGGAAGUGGCGCGGACGUGGCCAUCUCGAGUGCGGAUUUUGUUCUGGUCAAGUCUCACUUGGACGCGGUGGUCGAUUUGCUGGAUUUGUCAAAGACUGUGUUCAACAGGAUCAGGAUCAACUUCGCCUGGGCCGUGGUGUACAAUAUGGUUGCACUACCGGUUGCAGCGGGCGUGUUGUACCCUGUAGUGAGUGGAGGGAAGCAUGUCAAGUUGGAUCCGGUGUGGGCUAGUCUGGCGAUGGCGUUGAGUAGUAUUAGUGUGGUGAUGAGUUCGUUGGCGUUGAGGGUUCGGAUUAGGGGAAUUGGGUUUAGGCCGAGGAAGAGGCAGGCCCAAGCUGUAGAGGGGCAGAAGCAGGGUCCAUUGUCUCAUCGGGAGCGGCUCAGUGCGGCUUGCGGCUCGACUCGCGGCUCGACGACUCUGCAAUCCCAGCCGCGCUCCCCACAUUCCCACUCGCCCCUUGGGUGCAACUCUUCCCACAAAAACUACGAUAUGAACUCUGCUGUCAAGCGCAAAUUCAAUGCCCUUCUUCAAGGCAUCACCAGCCGGCCCGACGGCACGCCCGACCGCGAUCGUUCUAGCCUUGCUGAGUACUCUUCCCUCGACGACAUGCCCUCCCCUCCGUCUUUCCUAUCUUCCUCGCGCGGCAUAAUCACGCCAGAUAACGCGACCGCUAGCGAGCUCAAGAAGCGCCGCCUCGGUGGCGCCGCGACAGCGACUACGGCGACGCCCAUGAAGAGCGACACGAGUAUCCUACAGCCCUCACCGGCCAGCAUCCGCAGCGUAACCGGCUCGUUGACGACCACAACUACUGUCUCGAAUAUUACCUUGCGAAGAUGGACGUCCACUCCGAAUGCUAGUACAACCUCGAUCCCUGGAUCGUUGAAAGAAGGCAUGCCCCCUCCGCCACGGUACUGUCCCUCGGACAGAGAUCAGCUCAUCCGGCGGCUGGCGACGUUUCAGGAAUUGACCGAAUGGACGCCCAAGCCGGAUCGGGUGAAUGAGAUUGAGUGGGCGAAGAGGGGAUGGACAUGCUCCGGGAAGGAGAAGGUGAAGUGUGUGUUGUGCGGAGCAGAGUUGGCCGUGAAGGUGAAUAGGAAGGAAGUGGAUGGGAAAGAGGUGGCUGUAUUGAUUGCCAGUGAAAUUGAGGAGGCUGUGAUUGAGAAGUAUGCGAGCUUGAUUGUGGACGCGCAUAAAGCGGAUUGUUUGUGGAGGAAGAAGGGCUGUGAUGGCUCCCUUCUACGUCUCCCUUACCCUAACAACAAGCUCGUGCUCCAGGACCUGCGCCAGCGGUACGACGAGCUCUGCGAGCGCUCCACCUUCUUACCAUACGAGUUCAGCAUCCGCCUGCCGGAUGGCCUCGACAUCGACACUGUCAUCUCUUAUCUCCCCCCGAACUUCUUUACCGAACCUCCGCCCAAGCAGCCUGCCGCUUCGAGCGAUGCGACCAAGACCAAUACUUCUGCAAAUACCUCCAAACCCUCAGAUCCUACCUCUUCAACUAUCAACCGCUCAGCCUUAGCUCUUGCCCUUCUAGGUUGGCAAUCCCUCACCCACCCGACCCUCCACACUCCCAUCCCAAAUAGCGCUUCCUGCCACACCUGCCUGCGCCGCCUCGGCCUCUGGAUGUUCAAGCCCCGCGAGAUCGACCCUUCCACAAAAGAAGUCAUCGUCCCCGCCCCGAUGUCCCACCUUGACCCGGUCAGGGAACAUCGUUUCUUUUGUCCCUGGAGGAACCCAGCUACGCAAAAGAACCCCGGCUUACAGAGGAAACUUGAUCCAAGCAAGGGAGAGAGGGAGAUGCCAGCUUGGGAAGUUGUCCUGGCCGGAUUGAGGAAUGAGGCUUUUAUUCGGGGGAAGGUGGACGGGAAUCGGGCACGGAGCGGAACCCUCGCAACAGUGGCUGGUGAGACGCUGGCUGAGCCCAGGACGCCGGAUAGGAGGCCAGUUGCGUCCAGCGGGGCGACACCCAGGAUCGCUGGCACCAAUCAGGAGGGAGAGGAUGAAAGUGUGCUUGGGGAGGGUGAUUCUACUGUCACAGGGAGUGUGGUUGACGAGGAGGAGGCCAAGAGGAAGAAGGAUAUGGAUGUCAUGUCGCGGUUGAGGAGGGUGAAAAGCUUGUUUAAUGCGAAGGGUGGGAAGCUAAAGAAGGGAGGUAGUUUUGAGCUUCAGGCUGCUAUAGAGGAUACCUAA